AUGUCUGAUAUCAAUGUUGAUGAUAAUGUAAAAAAUGUCAAAAUUGGAGUUAUUGGCGGAACUGGUCUUUAUCAUUGCCAUCAUUUAGAGUUAAUCAAAGAAAUUUAUCCUAAAACACCAUGGGGAUAUCCUAGUAGUAAUAUAACGAUAUGUAAGGAUUCAAGUGGUUUUAAAAUAGCAUUUUUGGCAAGACAUGGUGAAGGUCACAAGUAUAACCCGACUCAGGUACCUUCUAGAGCAAACAUAGCAGCACUCAAGCAUUUAGGUGUGGAAAUUAUCAUAGCCUUUUCUGCUGUUGGCUCGUUACGCAAAGAAAUAAAACCAAGAGAUUUUGUUCUUCCAUCACAAAUAAUUGAUCGUACAAAAGGUAUACGACCUUUUACUUAUUUUGAAGAUGGAAUCACCUGUCACAUCACCUUUGCCGAUCCAUUCAAUCAACAACUAGCCGACAUAAUAUACAGACAUAAAAACAUUAUCGAAGGCACAAAUAUCAAUGAUGGGGAUGAUAAAUUGGUUUUCCAUCGUGAUAAAACAAUAAUUUGUAUGGAAGGACCAGCAUUCUCAACAAAAGCUGAAUCAAAACUUUAUAGAAGUUGGGGUUGUGACGUUAUUAAUAUGUCGGUGUUGCCUGAGGCAAAACUGGCCAAAGAAUUAGAGAUUGCGUAUCAGAUGAUUUGUAUGUCGACAGAUUACGAUAGUUGGAAUCAUGAAGAGGGGGACGUGGUUGAUGUCGAAACUGUUAUUAAAAACUUGGAAUUCAAUUCUAAAAACGCCAAAAAAUUACUUGAUGCUAUUUUACCAGAUCUGGAAACUGCAUUAAAGGAAAAUAGAUUUCAUGAUAUCAAAGACACAACAAAAAACUCCUGUAUCACUAGACAAGAAGCAAGAAAUAAAGAAAUGAUUGAGAAAUUAAAUUACUUAUUUGUGAAUGAUGCGAGAGGAUUAGAUGUUAAUGAUGGGAAGUGA